GCGUUUCGAGGCUGACCAAUGAGAUCGCUGUACUCUAAUACGGUUUCCUGCCGCCCUGUAAGGGAGACGGCGGCCUGAAGUCCGGGCAGGAGGAGUCGUGGGUCCUUCAGUUCAGUGUGUCUGCCGACCAUCGGAACCGGGGUUUCAUUGUCUGAGAGCUACGUGGAGAAAAAGAGAAGAGAAAACAGGAGGGAUAGAAGACAGAGAGAGAAAGAGAGCGGACUGUCUUAUCUUGGUCAGAGCCAAGGAACAACAAUGGAGUCUGUUUACAUUAAGCAGGAGGAGGUUCUGGAAUUGGUACCUGUCUGCAUUAAACAGGAGAUGACUGAACUGGAGCCUGUCCACAUUAAAGAAGAGACUGAACUGGAGCCUGUCCACAUUAAAGAAGAGACUGAACUGGAGCCUGUCCACAUUAAAGAAGAGACUGAACUGAAUCCUGUCCACAUUAAAGAAGAGACUGAACUGGAUCAUUUCCACAUUAAAGAAGAGACUGAACUGAAUCCUGUCCACAUUAAAGAAGAGACUGAACUGGAUCAUUUCCACAUUAAAGAAGAGACUGAACUGAAUCCUGUCCACAUUAAAGGAGAGGCUGAACUGCAGGCUGUCCACAUUCAAGAAGAGGCUGAACUGGAUCAUUUCCACAUUAAAGAGGAGACUGAACUGCAGCCUGUCCACAUUCAAGAAGAGUCUAUUGACUUGUUGUUUAAGGAUUCAGAAAACAUAUUCCAGCCAAAGAUAUCACAUCAAUGUACCGAAUGUGGGAAGGGCUUCAGUCAGUUAGGAAACCUAACAACACACCUGCGAAUUCACACUGGAGAGAAGCCGUAUCACUGUACUGAAUGUGGGGGGCACUUCAGUCAGUUAGGACACCUAAAAAGACACCAGAGAGUUCACACUGGAGAGAAGCCAUAUCACUGUACUGAGUGUGGGUUGAGCUUCAGUUUGUCAGGACACCUCAAUAGACACCGGCGAAUUCACACUGGAGAGAAGCCGUAUCACUGUACUGAAUGUGGGGAGAGCUUCAGUGAGUCAGGAAACCUAAAAACACACCAGAGAGUUCACACUGGAGAGAAGCCGUAUCACUGUAUUGAAUGUGAGGAGAGCUUCAGUCAUUUAAGACACCUAAAAAAACACCAGCUAAUUCACACUGGAGAGAAGCCGUAUCACUGUACUGAAUGUGAGGAGAGCUUCAGUCAAUUAAGACACCUAAAAAAACACCAGCGAAUUCACCUUGGAAAGAAGCCAUAUCACUGUACUGAGUGUGGGGAGAGCUUCAGUGAGUCAGGAAACCUAAAAAAACACCAGCGAAUUCACACUGGAGAGAGGCCGUAUCGCUGUACUAAAUGUGGAAAGAGCUUCAGUGAGUCAGGAAACCUAAAAUCACACCAGAGAAUUCACACUGGAGAGAAGCCGUAUCACUGUACUGAGUGUGGAGCGCGCUUUAGAGUAUCAGGAAACCUCAAUAGACACCAGCGAAUUCACACUGGAGAGAAGCCGUAUCACUGUACCGAAUGUGGGGAGAGCUUCAGGGCGUCAGGGCACCUAAAAAGACACCAGCGAAUUCACACUGGAGCCAGCCUCCCUCCCUCCCAGUCCCUCACCUCUCCACCCUGCUUGUUGGAGUGUGUGGAGAACUCUGAUUCCUUGUCUCUGUCUCACCCUGCAGUAAAUGAAGGGGGUCCCCAGGAGUGAGAGGCAGCCUGAAUCCAGAGACACUGAGAAGGGGAGCGUGUCAGACUGAAGGAGACAGACACAUUCUUUCACAAUGAACUGGAGAGCCCUGGGAUUCAGCUCCACUCCUACCCCUGAAUUGGAAAUGAAUCUCACUCCUCAUGCGGUGAGGAUUUAGGACAGAGUUACAGGGUAAUUCAACUUAGAAGGGACACAUUGGAAAUAUAUGCCAAGUUUUUUCUCUGAACACUUAUAUGUGUGAUAUGAACCCAACAUAUUAAACAAACUACCGAUAACAUAUAUUAUAUUUUUUAAAUGUAAUUUGAGCUAUAAAUGGCAUUACUGUACCAAUGUCAGUGAGAACAGUGUACGAUACAGAAGUGAAUUGUUAUAAAGAAACUAAAACCAACAAUGUCUUCAUGUGUGGCUGCAGUAUAUCCUUCAUCUAACUAGAAUGGCCUCGAAAAUAUGGAGAAAAUGCUGUUUUGAAUUUGAAUGAAUGAAUCUGCUUUGAGUGUUUUAAAGACUGAGAAACCCCAAGCUAUACUGGAGCCCUGCUUCAGUGCAAUGGGAUUGAAAUACAAAUAAAAUUCCUAUCAUUUUUUUUUAA